AUGCUAUCAAAAACACUUCUCAGGUCGAAGUACCAGUGCAUUUCGUGCGUUCUACGGCGAACAGCGGUCGCCGUUCAUCAACCGACGUCAUCGUCGAAAUUGCUUAGUAAAGGAGAGAUGAAGAACACGAAAACAUGUUCGCCUGUGAAGCUCAGCUACGAUUUGGCGCUGCUCGGGGCACAAGUGGAGUCCACAGCCAGUCGGGAUUACCUCAGUUUUGAUUUGCAGUGCGUCCGUGACAAUUUGUAA